AUGAUCAAUUACGCUCUCUCUCUUGCCCGUUCCGAAAAAUUAGAUGAAUAUUCACAAGGUCUAUUGGUACUGGAGCAGUGCCUCCAUACUCAACAAGAUGAUGAUUCAAAGGGAAUGGUUCUACUCGCCAUGUCUACCGUUUUGACUGAAAGAGAAUAUUACGAUGAAGCAAUCGAGAAACUUCAGAAAAUCUCUGACUUGAAACGCUCUUCUUUAGCUGUUAGAGUUGCUGCCUCGGAAGCUCUAGUUGGGCUUCAUGUAGAAUUGGGUAUGGAUGAUACUUCAUCAGUGCUCGCAGAUAUAUGCUUGCAACUCUUGGAUGCUAUCAAACUAGAAAUUGGUGCUGGGGUUGGGUUCAAUGUACUAAAUGCUCGCAUUAGGUCAUUAAAGGGGUUGGUUGAGCAUGUCCAUGGUGAUCUUGAAUCAGAGUUAUUCUUUCAAGAAGCUGAGGGCCAUGAAGGCAAUGCUGCUUUAUCUUAUGGUGAAUUCCUGCAUGGCAUGCGGAACUUUUCAAUGGCAAAGGACUUGUAUCAGAAGGCAAUUCAGGGGAUGUCUGAGAAUAAAAAUUUCAGUGACCCGUAUAACCUUGCAGCUUGUAAUAUGACCAAGGAGGAAGGUCUGCUGGCAGCUACUUGUGCUUUAGGACAGCUAGAAGCACACUUGGGGAAUUUUGGUGAUGCAGAGGAGAUACUGACUAAAGCAUUAAAGAAGGCGGAGGAACAUUUUGGUACCCAUCAUCCCAAGGUUGGGGUUAUUCUAACUUGCAUAGCUCUCUUGUUUCGGCAUAAAGCAAUAAUGGAGGGUUCAAGUUCUCUUUUGAUUCAAGAGGGACUAUUUAGGAGGGCAAUCGAUUUACUAAAACCUGCAGUGUUGGAGAAUGGAGGGGCAGACUCAAAGAUGCAUAGAAGGGAUCUAGUUGCCCUUGCUAGAGGUAUGGCUUACACCUGAAUGCUCUUAAUAUGAAUUACAGAGCACUGACUCCAAAUUAAUGUCCAUUUGUUUGGAGGGAUUAUAUGUCGGCCAUGACUAAGGAUAAUGUCCCUAUUUUGUGGUGUACGCAUUUUUUUUGUCCUUUGUUGGCUGAGAAAUCUUGUGCUGUAUAGAGGCAACUGAACAUGAACUUUGUACUCAACUUUCAAGCACAUGACCUCAAUUUGAUAUUCUCAUAGUCCUCUAGAUUGAGCAACUACUUACAUAUCCUGUCCUUCUGAUGCUAUAUUCAUGGUUGGGAUUUUCUAAGGGUGUUUCUAGACUCCCUCUGUUCACAGGAUUGGUAGUUUUGCCUGCUGUCUAAUUCGAUGCAUGUGUUGUGUGUACAAUGACGGUAUCCCAGAAGCAUCAAGUUCAUUAAGAAGAGUGCAACUCAUCUAGCAUAUGUAACAUGCAUGCAGAUAUAGAAUGUGUGAACAAUUGGGCUGUAAUUAGUGUCGUGAUUUGUUAUCUGGUGAUUUCAAACAGCAUUUCUGCAUUGAUCCAGUUGAUUGUCGUUGUAGGCGGAUACGCAGAAAUACUUUGUGUUCAACAGAAUAGAAAGGCAGAAGGGGAGAGAAUGAAGAAUUGGGCAGAAACUGCAUGGAUGAACCGCCGGCUAUCUCUAGCCGAGGCACUGGAAAUAUCUGAAUCUUCUUCCAAGGUGCCAGUUAUAGAUUCUCGAAUAUGCAGGGUCCUGUAGUUUCUCCUUUAGGGACAAUCUGUAACAUACACGGAUGUUGUAUACCCUCAUAGGUUUUUGACUUUGUUUUCCUUAAAUUAUUCGUGUAUUGUUUUUUUGUUUUUUGGUUAAAUAAACUGUUUGGACUGAUACCAACGUUAGAUCUGCAAAAGCUUUCAUAGUUGUAUAUUUUGUUCAACAAUUUUAUACAAAUGAAAUGCGUGUUGG